AUGGCCACAAGGGAAAUUGUUGCACGUACCCCCCCUACUUUGAUUCCAAACAUUGCUAUUCUUGAUUCGGUUAGGUGGAUCUUAACUAAGGAUGGCAAGUUUUCUGCCAAUUCUGCUUGGCAAGCUUUGAGGGCUGCUCUUCCUAUGGUUCCAUGGGCGAAAAGUGUUUGGUUUCCCCACCAUGUUCCUCGUUGGGCCUUCAUAGAGUGGAUUACUUUUAUGGGUUGUCUUUCUACAAAGGACAGGUUGCUUAGCUGGGGUAUGGGGAUUGAUGCUAAUUGUGUCCUCUGCCUUGGUGCCAUGGAGUCCCAUGAACACCUAUUUUUUGAGCGUCCAUUUUCUAAGGAGGUUUGGAAAAUGGUAUUAACCAAGAAUCAAACUGCAAGAAUUGUUUUUGGGGCUGGCUGA